CAGAAGGGGGAAGUGGCCUCGGGGCGUCCGGGGUCCAGCACGAGAGGCAGAGACCGGAACAGACAUGAGCUCCCAGCAGAAUCUACAAGGGGGCAAGGCCUUCGGGGUGCUGAAGGCCCAGCAGGAGGAGGUUCUGGACUCUCUCAAUAAGGAAUUUCUGGAUGACCCCAAAUACAGCACAGACGAAGACCUGCCAGAGAAGCUGGAGGCCUUCAAGAAGAAAUACAUGGAGUUCGACCUCAACGGGGAAGGGGACAUUGACAUCAUGGCUCUGAAGCGGAUGCUGGAGAAGCUGGGGGCGGCCAAGACCCACUUGGAGCUGAAGAAAAUGAUCAUGGAGGUGACGGGCGGCCUGGGCGAGACCAUCGGCUACCGGGACUUCGUCCGUAUGAUGCUGGGCAAGCGCUCGGCCAUCUUCAAACUGAUCCUGAUGUAUGAAGACAAAGCCAAGGAGAAGGAGGAGAAGCCGGCCGGCCCCCCCGCCAAGAGGGCCAUAGCUGACCUCCCCUAGCUGCCCCCGGAGCCCUCUCUCCAGGGGGCUGUGGGGGGGCCCCGGGCAGGGAGCUUCUCCCCCCCUGCUCUGAGGUUCCCGUGGUUCAUGGCACUGCUGGAAACCAAGCCACUAACAACGUCUGCGGGGGGGCUGGGGGGCAGCCCCCAGGCUGGGGGGCAGGGUUGGGAGGAGUGGGGGGCAGGCCCCAGGCUGGGGGGGUGCAAUUUUGCUGGACCCACUGGGAUUCUGGGAUUGUCAGACCUUAUCACACCUCCCCCAUGACUCCCGCCAACCCUGCAAAGGAUUCUGGGAUUGACAGACCUUGUCACACACCCUCCCCGCAUGACAUAUGCUAAGUCUGCAAAGGAUUCUGGGAUUGACUCUCCCCCCAUGCCAGACUCACGCCAAACCCACAAAGGAUUCUGGGCCAGCCAAGGUGGGAGAGGUUAAAGGUCGAGAGCCCCUUGGCACUCAUGGGGUCGGCGUGAGGGGUGAAAGGUCAGAGGUCACGGGGGUGACCCAUACAUGCAGCACAGUCAAUAAAUGCGUCUUAAUGACCCUGCUAA